AUGGGUUUCAAACUGUUAACUUCUACGCCUUAUUAUGCUCAUGCCAAUGGACAAGUUGAAGCUGCCAAUAAAGUGAUAAUUGGUUUGAUUAAAAAACAUGUAGGGAAGAAGCCUAGGAAUUGGCAUAAAACUCUAGACCAUAUUUUAUGGGCAUGUCGUACAUCUCCCAAAGAGGCCACUAAGUCAACCCCUUUUUGGAUAACCUUUGGCCACGAUGAUGUUCUAACAGUAGAAAUUCACCUACAAUCUAAAAGGAUUCAAAGGCACCAUGAACUUCCAACAGAAUCAUAUUGGAGAAUUAUGUUGGAUGAAUUGGUUGAAUUAGAUGAAGAAAGAUUAAAUGCCUUGGAGUUAUUAAAACGACAAAAGAAGAGAAUAAAAAUCUCUUAUAGUAGGAGGGUAAAAGUCAAAAGUUUUACGCCUGAAGACUUGGUCUGGAAAGUGAUCCUUCCAAUGGAUCGAAAGGAUAGAGCCUUGGGGAAAUGGUCCCCAAAGUGGGAAGGUCCUUUUCAGAUUUUGCAGGUAUUCUCUAAUGGUUCCUAUGAAAUCGAAGAGCUUAAUGAAGAUAAAAGGAUUCUAAGAUUAAAUGGGAAAUAUUUGAAAAAAUAUAACUAG